AUGGGUCGGGCCCAAGUGCUCUGCGGCGCCUUCGGCGCCUUGUGGCUCCGCUGGCUGCUGGGCGGCAACGUGGUGCAGCGCAUGCUCACAUUGGCCGGCCAGGAGGGGGUGCCAGACCCAGAGCUCGGCUGCGCGCCAGGUGAAGACGUCGAUCUCAUGAUCCGAGAGGCCACCGAGAGCCCCAACGGCCAGGAAAUGGACGCAGAGGCCCCCGAGGAACCCGAGGUCGUCGAGGCGGCCGAGGACUGCAACGCCUCGGCCGAUGCCCCCGAGGGCGAGGGCGAGGCGAAGUCGCCCAGCCCGACUUUGACCCCUGUCAGCGACACCCCGCCGCGCGAGCCCCACCUGCGCCUGCCGAUGGAGGGGCUCGCGCCUCCGUGGGUCGAGCUCAGGCCCUGGUGGAGGGUCAUCUACAAGGCCUCCGAAGGGAGUUACUGCUGGGCGUACACCCAGCCGCCGCCCUUUGGCAUAAGGAUGCGCGAGGUCCUCCAGGGCGAGAUCUUCGGCCCGAUCCUCGAAGUCGGCCAGAACUGGCUGUGGGGGCCUCCACGGCAAGGCCGCGCGGGCUUCUGGCGCGGCAUCGUCGCGGCGACCAUGCGCGGCCCGCCGCGCGGGCCCUUCUUCGAAUUCGCGAACCUCUGGGGCACGCGGGCGCCACCCGGCACGUUGACUCCACGCUGGUUCGCGGAGCCCUGGGCGCCCCCAGGCGCAGGCCAUGGCGGAAGCCCACUGACAGGGCUGCCGCCAGCAGGCGAAGGUGGGCAGCCACCUGAAGAAGGCGGCGGCGAAUGGAGCGCGCAUCUCGAGGACGAGGGGGAUGUGAUCGACGUGCCCUCCGAGAUGGAGCUCGCGUUCCUGGACGGCCUGAAGCCGCGAGAUUUCAGCUUCUGCGGCAGGCGCAACAUGUACUUCUGCGGCAGCAACUGCGUCGGCAUCGCCUGCCUCAAGGCGCGCAAAGAGAACGCUGAGGCGCGCGCGCCCCGCCCGCCUGGCCAGCAGCAGCCCGCGAAGAGGAAACGCACGGGCGACCAGACCUCGCGCCAGGCCUGGAUGGGGGAGAUCCUGGCACGGAAAAAAUCAAUUGACGCGAUGGCGGUGGGCGCAGAGGAGCGGGGCCAGGCAGAGCGCAACUCCAAUGCGGCCGAGGCCCG